CGAUGAUCGGCGGUGUGCCUCCACCGAGGGAAGCAGAUCCCGAUCUCGGUGAUGGUGGUAAUGUUCUGGCUUCCAAGGUGGCCGAACUGUAACCACCAACACCGAAAUCUAGGAUGUUCUUCCCCCUGUGGAGGCAACCCCCUGUGUUGGUGUUGGUGCCCAUUUCCAGGCCUCCAAAAGUGUGUCUGGCUUCCGCAUCGCCAGAGGUCAUCGAGGCGUUCUUCUGCGAAAAGAUGGCGGUCGUCGAGAACGACGCCGAGGGCCAGGAGGCGGCAGAGAGCGUCCUCGUCGCGGCGGCCGACGUCUUCAACCGCACCGGCAGCUACUACGUGCGGGGGCCCGGCGGAGUCGCGGCGAUCCAGGACGACCUCGCAGGGUUGUACUGCGCGGUCUCCCGCGACGGCGUCGUUCCAGACUGCGACGCCCACGCGACCUCCGCGCAGCACCACUUCCAUUCGGCGCGCUCUGCCCCCACGUGAGAGUCGGCAGGGUGCCAUUCCCGCCACAGGGCACGUAGCUGCGCGCGCGGACUGGGUAGGACAGCUCGGGAGGGACAGCAGGGGGCCACCGGGGGCAGGGAUGGCCAGGCGAGCUCGGCUCGGCGUCGCCCGCCGGCCGCGCGCCCGCACAGCUGCCGCCACAGCGGGCCUCCCGCGCGGCUCGGGCGCGAGACCUCGACGGAGCGGGGCCGGCCGGCCAUCGGCGGCGACGGAG